AGAGCGGCGCGCGCCUGCAACGAACUAACAACCACAAAGAUGUCGAUAGUACCCCUGAUGUUCCGUGACUGGUGGGACGAGUGGGACAGGCCCUCCCGCCUGUUGGACCAGCACUUCGGCAUGGGGCUUAAGAGGGACGAGCUCCUAUCUUCCCUCUCUACAUUGCCCUCCUCCUCCUUGUUCAGGAACUCCUACUUCAGACCCUGGAGAACGAGCCUGACACGACAGGAGUCUGCCUCAACUAUUAACCUGACGAAGGAGAAAUUUGAGGUUAUCCUGGACGUCCAACAAUUCACACCGGAAGAAAUCACAGUGAAGGCAGCGAACAACAGCGUAGUAGUUGAAGGCAGACACGAGGAGAAACAGGAUGAGCACGGCUUCAUCUCCCGUCAAUUCACUCGCCGGUACAUCUUGCCAGGAGGCUACGAUGUUCAGGACCUCGUCAGCACACUGUCUUCAGACGGCGUCCUCACGAUCACAGCUCCAAAACGACCCCCACCCAAUGCUGGAGAAAGAAUAGUCCCUAUCACGAAGACUGGUCCUGCUAAACAGCCAGAACCCGUCAGCACCUCCCAGCAACAGCCCCGUGAACAAACUGUACCUAUCGUCACAUCCCCUUAAUCAUAAUCCCCCCUUUUUCAUCUAACGAGACAUCGAUAUGAGAAUCGAUGUUCAAUCGAUCGAAUCAUAAAUAGCAUUUAUUUAAGCGCCGUUGUUGGCCAAUAACGACUAGCGAUAGCGAUUCGAAAUGAACGAAUUAGGUUUUUUAUAUUAAUUUGUACAAAAUGAGGAAUGCAUUAUCAUUAAUUAUUACUUAAUUUAAAGUUUAUAUAAAAUUGUAAUAAAAGAUUUUUAUCGUCA